AUGAUAAAAAAGAUCUACUUUGCGGGUCGUCAGGAUGCAGCGCACAAGGACGUGGAGCAGGCAUUCGGUGUGCUCCAGAGUCGAUGGGCGGCAGUGAAGGGUCCUUCACAGAUGUGGUAUAUUGACAACAUCGCCGAUGUCAUGUACGCAUGUAUUAUUAUGCACAACAUGAUUGUCGAAAAUGAAGAACCUGAACUGACUCAGUGGACCAAUGAAGAUGCUAUGGGUGCCGGUCCAAGCCACGGCGUGGCCAACACGAAUGUACGUAUGGGGGUACCCCAUGGAGAGGCCGAUUGGAUCCGUACAUUUGCCGACAUGCGCCAAACACAAGCUCAUAUACAACUUCAGAAUGAUAUCGUUGAAGAGCUUUGGGCGCGGAGGGGUAGACGUUGA